GCACUUCCCUGCUGGUCAAUCGACGAUUCCUCCUAUUUGCCUGCCUUCCCCCCAAACACCCCACCAAACUCGUCCGUCCUCUUCCUACCGCAGUAAGCUCACGCAGCAACCAUGGCCGCGUCAGGAACCCUCGUCGUGUACAGGACGCUGUUCACCGCGCUGGGCCUGUCAAUGGUGGGCACCCUGGUGUACACCUGCAUCACCGACGGCUCGCCUUUUCGCGCGGAGCUGCUCACUCCGUGGAUGGUGACAACACUUGUUGAUUUUUAUGUAAAUGUGAUAGCGAUUUCGACUUGGGUUGUCUACAAGGAAGUAAACUGGGUUAGUUCUGUCUUCUGGGUAGUUCUGUUGUUUUGUUUCGGCAGUGCUACUACAUGUGCUUACAUAGUUACCAAGCUAUUUGAGAUAACCCCUUUAGGGCCUUCGCAAGAUCCACUUGAUCAUUUAUUGCUAAGGCAAGAUAGUUUACCAGAAAGGAAGUGUUCUUUUGUCACAGUUGGGAGAACUAUUUUUAGCAUUUUGGGCAUACUCAUGGCUGCGCUCGUCACAUAUACUGUCAUUACAGAUGGCCUGCCUUUUAGGAAGGAUUUGUUGACACCGUGGAUGGCUGCAACCUUAUUUGACUUCUAUAUAGAUGUCUUUGCAAUAUCGGUAUGGGUUGUUCACAAGGAGUCGACUUGGAUCUCAUCAGUCAUUUGGAUAUGCUUGUUGAUAUGCUUUGGAAGCAUCACAACAUGUGGCUACAUUGUGGUCCAACUUCUCCAAGUAUCAUACGAAGACCCAAUCUACCAUGUGCUGCUGAACUCUCAUAGCAAGCGAAUCAUAAAUCAUUCAACACAAUCGGUGCUAAAACCUAGUGAAGAUAUUCGAGUGCAGAAGCUACAUCAACAGUGGUAUCUAACCUUUGAAUAAGACUGGGCACCCCAUGGAUCCCACCUUGCUAGGAAUGAGGCAGAUAAAAAAGUUGGGAUCUUUCCUGAGCAUACCACCCCUUUGACUGAAAGAUUAACA